GCCCCACCUCCUCUCUCGAGGGACCCACGCCAUAAAAUGUCUCGCGCGCAGAGGUUUCCGCCGUGGAGCGGGAGCGGCAACUCAGGCGGAGGCGGAGGGAGGAAGCGCCACCAUGGCCCCUUCCGUGAGAGGCCGAGGUGGCAGCGUCGCCGCUGGGGACGUCGGAGGAGGAGCAGGAGAAGGCGGUGGAUACUACCCUGCGCCUCCUCCCAUCCCCUUCUCGAGACACCACCUGGAAGUGACGGUGAUCUCGGCUCAGGAUCUCUACCCGGCCGCCCGGUCGAUGCGCACAUACGCGGUGGCCUAUUUUCGGCCCGACCACCGCGCCCGCACCCGCAUCGACGCCUCCGGCCACACCGACCCCACCUGGAACGACAAGUUCGUCUUCCGCGUCGACGAUGCCGUCCUCCACUCCGACACCUCUGCCAUCACCAUCGACGUCUACGCCGACCGCCCGGGCCUUCUGCCGGGCCCCGACAUCCUCCUCGGCACCGCCCGCGCCCUCCUCUCCACCCUCCGCCCCUCCUCCGCCACCCACUACGCGGCCCUUCAGAUCCGCCGCCCCGCCUCCCUCCGCCCGCAGGGCAUCCUCAACCUCGGCGUCGCCCUCGUCGACCCCUCCGCCCGCUCCGUCCCCGUCCACGCCGACCGCGGCCACGCCUCCUCCACCCCCAGGCCCGAGGUCCCGAAGCCCAAGCGUCCCACCGCGGGAACCAGUCGAGCGGCGGACCGGGAGAGGACGGAGCUGGAGAGGAAGCUAGAGAAGUGGAGGGCCGAGCUGCCGCCAGUCAGCGGCGAGGUGGUGAGACAGGAGAAGGGAGGACGCAACCGCGGCGCCCCCGUGGCCGCGGUCGUCGAGGACGAGCCAGUGAUUCGGCCGCAGAGGAAUCGGAGCUUUAAGAGGUUUGCGUGCUUCGGCGGCGGAAAUGUGGAGUCGGGGGAGUUCGUUGCCGCCCCGCGAUAUGUGGAGGAGAGGCCGCCGAGAAGGGCCGCCAGGGUUGCCGUCCAUCGCCACAAGGGCUAUAGAGAUCGAGAAGGGCUGCCCAAUAUUUGAUCAUCAUAUCACUUAUUUACGUGGCAAGAUGCGUCAGAAAAGGGUGCAACAUGUCAUGUGGAGUUGCAAUAACCUUAUCCAGUCUGCUUCCGAGUCCAUUCAUCCG